GUUCAGGGGCCGUGAGUGAGCGCCUCGCGCGUACAACAGAAGACACGGACAAGUGCCAGCGGUCAGAUAUAAACAUUACAUUUUCAGUCUACUGGGGACCAUAUGCGAUACUGUGCUGAACGAAAGCACAUUUUUAUUUUAUACAAAAGUUUACACAGCCGUUAUAGCUAAAGCAAAAAACAUUUUUGGACUCGAAACUAGAGCUCGGUGUUUUCCUGGAGUGAGCUAGCUAGCCUGUUAGCUUAGCUCCCUCCUACAUUUGUUGGGGUUUUGUCAGUCCGGAUCGACUGGAGGCCCUCGGACUCCCGCCAGAACCGGCCCGGGAGUUACUUUACAGCCCAGCUGUCAGUCGUAGGCUCUUAUAGAGCUCUUGGACGUUUAGUUUGAUCAUAAAGAGUGAGAAACAGCAUUCUGCAGAACAAGGAAGUCUGAAUGAAUUUAGCUCGAGCGCUUAGCGGUCUUUUGCUCUUCGCGCGAGAUUGUCCGUCCUAUGAAAUGUAAGGAGUGGGUUCGGUUCGAGCAGGAUCCGGCUGUUCUGUAGGCUCGGAGCGGGUCAGGGUCGGUGUUUGUCCACAGCUCAGACUUGAGUCCGUGUGUUGGUCUGAAGGAAGGGUCCCGUCAGACCUGCUGAGCCGCAGUCCUCCACAGACCGAGCCCGACAUGAUUCCGGACAAAGCCCCGGAGGAAGACGUCUUCCUGGGGUCCCAGGACCUGAAGAGGGAGGCUCACGUCCCCAGCUUUGAGAAGUACAAGGAGCUCUACACUCGUUCUGUGCAGAAUCCUGGAGAAUUUUGGGGCGCUAUAGCCGAGGACUUCUUUUGGAGGACCAAACACACGGGGCAGUUUCUGGACUACAACUUUGAUGUGACCAAAGGAGAAAUCUUUAUCAAAUGUAUGGAAGGAGCCACCACCAACAUCUGCUACAACCUCCUCGACCGCAAUGUUCAUGACAAGAAGCUUGCUGAUAAAAUUGCCUUCUACUGGGAAGGCAAUGAGCCGGGUGAUGAGCUGACGGUGACGUACAGAGAGCUGCUGCAGAGUGUCUGUCAGUUUUCCAAUGUCCUGAAAUCACAGGGAGUGAAAAAGGGCGACCGAGUCUCCAUUUACAUGCCCAUGGUUGUUGAGCUGGUGGUUGCCAUGUUGGCUUGUGCCCGUAUUGGAGCCGUUCAUUCUGUAGUGUUUGCAGGCUUUUCUGCUGAGUCUCUGUGUGAGAGGAUCAUCGACUCUCAGUGCUCACUGCUCAUCACAGCAGAUGGUUUCUAUCGAGGAGAUAAGCUAAUCAACCUGAAGCUCUUAUCUGACGAAGCACUGCAGAAGUGCAGAGACAAAGAUUUUCCAGUCAAGAAGUGUAUUAUGUUGAAGCACUUGUCUAAACAACCAGAGGGGAUUGUGGGCUCCCGGUCCCCUCCUGCCAAGCGAUCAUGCCCUGAUUUAGAGCAGAAGAAACAGACAGGCAAAGCAAAGAAAACGCGUCCUGUUCCACAGAUCCCGUGGAACCCAGAUGUGGACUUGUGUUGGCACACACUGAUAAAUGGAGUCUCAGAUGAUUGUGAACCUGAGUGGUGCGAUUCUGAAGAUCCUCUUUUCAUCCUCUACACCAGUGGCUCAACUGGCAAACCAAAAGGAGUUCUUCACACAGUUGGUGGCUACAUGCUCUACACUGCCAUUACCUUUAAACUGGUGUUCGAUUACCAGCCUAAUGACAUCUACUGGUGCACAGCAGACAUUGGCUGGAUCACUGGACACUCCUACAUUGCUUAUGGACCUCUGGCCAUGGGGGCCUCUAGUGUUUUGUUUGAGGGUCUGCCCACGUACCCAGAUGUGAGCCGUAUGUGGGAGAUAGUGGACAAAUACCAUGUCACAAAGUUCUACACAGCUCCAACAGCCAUCAGAAUGCUGAUGAAGUUUGGCAAUGAGCCAGUGCAGAAGUACAAGCGCAAAUCAUUAAAAGUGUUGGGGACCGUUGGCGAACCCAUCAACCCUGAGGCCUGGCAGUGGUACUACAGUGUGGUGGGAGAGACGAGAUGUCCUGUUGUCGACACCUUCUGGCAGACAGAAACUGGAGGACAUGUGUUGACUCCUCUACCAGCAGCUACACCCAUGAAACCUGGCUCUGCUACUUUCCCUUUCUUUGGAGUAGUGCCAGCCAUCUUGAAUGAGUCAGGAGAGGAGCUUGAAGGGCAGAGUGAAGGAUACCUGGUAUUUAAACAGCCCUGGCCCGGUAUGAUGAGGACGGUGUAUGGAAACCACCAGAGAUUUGAAACCACCUACUUCAAGAAGUUCCCUGGAUACUACGUCACAGGGGACGGUUGCCGUAGAGACAAAGAUGGCUACUACUGGAUAACAGGAAGAAUAGACGACAUGUUAAAUGUCUCAGGUCACCUGUUGAGUACAGCAGAGGUGGAGUCGGCUUUAGUGGAGCACAAGGCUGUUGCUGAAGCUGCUGUGGUGAGCAGACCACAUCCUGUCAAAGGAGAAAGCCUCUACUGCUUCGUAACGUUAAAUGAUGGAGUGAUAUACAACCAAACACUGGAGGCAGAACUGAAACAACAAGUGAGAGAGAAGAUUGGAGCCAUUGCUACACCAGAUUACAUCCAGAGUGCACCAGGACUGCCCAAAACCAGAUCUGGGAAAAUUAUGAGACGAGUUCUUCGUAAAAUCGCCUGCAAUGAGAAGGACCUGGGCGACAUCUCCACACUGGCUGACUCGUCUGUCGUUGAUGAGCUCUUCCAGAACAGAUGCUGCGCUGCAGUGUGACGACGUCGCCUCCUGGCUCUGUCCGUGUCGGCCAUCAAACACAAGCGGGACGAGGAUUCACCUGUGAAAGAGCAGCGCUUCAAACGACCGCUGCUCGUGUCUGAAGCCCCAGCAGGGGCAGAGUCACCAUUUCUGUCUGCUCACUAGGAAACAUUUGCUACUUCAUUUGCAGUUGUAAUGCCUUUUCUUUCAAGUAACAAAACAUCUGAUUUCAGGCUUGUAACUUUUUUCUUGGACCCAGAUGUUGACGGUCAUGCAGGACCA